AUGACAAAAUGUGAACGACCUUAUGGGAAAAACGAUUUAAAACAGAUGAUCGAAAGUUGCGGUUGCUGUCCACCAAUGGAUCCACAAUGCCCACCUUGUUCUAUAUCGUACCCGCCUCAACCUGUUUGCUGCUAUACGUGUCCUACUCCACCAUGCAAAUUGGAAUCAAAACCUAAUUGUUGUCCACCUAUGCCAGUCACCUGCAUGCCAUGUCCGCCUCGACCUUCACUCUUACCUUGCGUCCCACGCCCUUUCGUUUGUCCACCCUGCACAGGUCACCCGUGUAUUACCUGUGCACCUAUACCUAAACCAGUCCCAGCUCCUUAUGAAGCCGGUCCUGUUUUCAGGGCACCUGUUAUUACUGGUGGAUUAUUUUACGUUGGAACAAUCAGGUGUUAUCCGUGUUUAUCAUAUGCUUGUUGA